AUGUUGAAUAUCAAGAGAAUAUGUAACGAGCUACAGGAGGCCUUUGAAUCCGAUGAUAGCGAUCCAGUUGCUAUCAUGACUUUAAUUGAAAUCUUUAUUGAUAAAGUUAAUGUCAAAUCUGUUCCAUUCGUUCAAAAGAGAUUAUUUCUUUUAACUUUACUAGAAUUAUUAGAAAACCAUAAGGAUAUUUUAGCCCAAAUUGGUUGGGAUUUACCAUUCCAAUUAAUGAAAUUUCUGAACAAGGAUAACGUAGAUAUACGCGGAUCUAUACGUUAUGAUCAGAUUGCUACUGCCAUUAUUCUCGGUUUUAAUGCAAUUGCUCUUGGUGGUUUACCAAAGGAAACUUUGGAUACUGGUUGUGAAUUGCUAGCCUCCUUGAACUACGAUGAGGAAGUAGCUAAGUUUGAAGAAGAUGAAUCUGAACAAGAGAAGAAGGUGGGUGAAGAUGAUGAUGAGGAAGAUGAUGAGUAUCAAAUCGAUACAGAUGAUGAGGCUGAUGAGGACUCAGGUCGUCAAUCACUAAACUACGACAGAGUCCCGGGUGAUUAUUUUAUUGGUUUUAAAGUCUAUAUUCUAUUUGAAAUGAUUGGCGCCACAUUAAAACGUAUUAGUACUUUGUAUCCAUCAAAAUAUUUGAGUCUAGUUGUAACUGCAACCGAAAAUAUGCUUCUACAUACAGCUGAUCAAAUGCAGGAUCCUAAUUUAUUAAUGCGUCGUAUCCAUAGUUUCUGUGCAUUCUAUGUUCCAUUAGAGGUUCCAAAAGAUGUAUUGGCAAAAGUAGGUACCAAAGAAGAAGGUGCUUUAACUCAAGAACAAUUAGAUGAAAUAGUUAAAAAUGAAAAGGACUUACAAGUGAAAUUAUUAAGAAGGUUAAGUACUGUCUCUGUAUCCAAUUGUUUGAGACGUGCAGGAAUGUUGAGUGAAAUAAAAUAUUUCUGUAAAGUAAGUGGAGUUCCAUAUCAUACCAUGACUUUCUAUGAAUCCUUGUUCGAUUGUCAAAGUAGAUUUUACAAUUUUGCUCUGUCGGUCGAUGUUGAUAUAAAAGAAGAAUUUAUCAAUUGUUUGAAAGAAGCUAAAAGGGUGUAUCAAGCUUUACCACCAGAUGAAGAAAUAACUUCAGCUGAUGCACGAGACGCUAUCUCUGAAGUAGUAUUCAAACUAUCUUAUUCAUAUGCGUUGCAGAAAAUGGUCCACGGAAAGAAAUUGUCCAUGGCACCAGAAGGUAUUGUAUCCCUUUCUGGUAUCCAUUACAUGGAAUAUGGCGAACAUUUAUUACCAGAGAUAUCGCUAGACGAUGCCGUAUUUUUAUAUUUAAAUUUUACAACAAGAUCAUUUUUCUCUCCCCUUUAUAACAAUUUGAACGUGGAAAGUACCAGUCGUUAUUGGUUAUGGGUAAGCUUAACUCAUAACUCCUACUCAGCACUAAAAGAACAAAUAUCAAGAGUUCAACCUUAUGUUAUUGAAGUACUACUAAAAACAUUACUAUUAAAAAAUUGUUUGGAAAGUAAUGCACAAUUGAGAAUGAUCAAUUUUACAUUAAUGACCCGUAUUCUUUGUUUGAUUAAGGAAGAACUGGCAUUUUCGUUCAUCACAAAAACUUUGAAGAAAUUCCCAUAUCCUCAUGGUAAAUCGGCUGCUUUAGUGAUGCUAAGUGACCUUAUAAUGAAAGCUAGAUCAAAAAGCGAAAAGGUUACAACUAUUGAUGGAAAGAAGAGAAAGGAAGAACGAAAUGGUACAGAUGAAUUAACAGAUAAAAUGAAAUCCCUUGAUAUUGAUGAAAUUCCUUUUAUUCAAUUAAAUGAGGAAAGAAUGCAAAUAAUAAAUGAUUUAGCCCUCGAUGCUAUAAAAGUUGCAAUUGCUUCUGAUCGUAAGCAAACAGAUAUCAACCUAGUAACCAAUUAUUCAGAUUUUAUGAAAUCAGUGAAGAGUAAGUGGGACAAGAAAUUAUUGGUAUUGUUCGAAAAGGACCUUGAGUCUGCUUUGGCCACCUUAGAGAAAGAAAAAUAA